AUGAGUGCAGAACAUCGACCACAAAAGGUUCACAGGGAGGUGGAAAUCUCCUUCUUCGAACAGGAUGCGGCUAGGUUGCAUCAUCCCCACGAAGACGCCCUUGUAAUCACUCCCCUGAUAGGACGCUAUAACACCCAAAGAAUGUUAGUGGAUAACGGAAAUGCUGUGAACAUCUUGUUCGCAUCCACUUUUGAAAGGAUGAAUCUGGACGAGACCGACCUGAAGCCUGCCUCGUUCCCGCUAUACGGAUUCACGAGAGACCAUCUACUCCCCAAGGGAACAAUCUCACUCCCAGUCACACUGGGCGAUUUUGACGAAGUGACCAAGGUAAUGGAGUUCUUAGUGGUAGACUGUCCGUCAGCUUUCAAUGGGAUCCUUGGGCGACCUCUGCUAAGACAGUUCAAGGCGGUCACUUCAAUUUACCAUCUAAAGAUUAAGUUCCCCACCCCGACAGGGAUCGGGGAAGUCAGCAGGUCUCAGCGUGCCUCGCGCGACUGCUAUGUAAAAGCGGUCCAAAUGGCGUACAAAGGAAAUGGCAUCGCGCGCGGUAAUCACGGCCAAGCCAUGGCGAUCAGCAGGAUCGAUCCACGACCUGAUCCGACCGAGGACAACCUAGACCCUCGCAUUCAAGACUGCCCUUCUAGUGGGCCAGUUGAGGACCUGACUGAAGUGCUGGUCGACCAGAAAGAGCCGAGCAGGGUGUUAAGAGUCGGUAAAAACCUCGAUCCCCAGCUCGCUACCGAACUAAUAGGCUUCCUCAGGGAAAGCAUCGAUGUGUUCACAUGGUCGCAUGCAGAUAUGGUCGGGAUCAGCCCGGAUGUCAUUUGCCACACAUUAAAUAUCGAUAGUGAAGCCAAACCAGUUCGCCAGAAGCGAAGGGUGAUGGAUCCAUAUCGUUACUCUGCCCUAAAGCUAGAGGUGGACAACCUCCUCAAUAACGGAUCCAUCCGGGAGACACUAUACCCGAUCUGGGUCGCCAACCCAGUUCUGAUUCUGAUAUAUGCGCCGGAUGAAGAGCACACAUCUUUCAUUACAGAUCGGGGACUGUAUUGCUAUAAGGUCAUGCCUUUCGACCUCAAAAACACUGGCGUGACCUACCAGCGGCUGGUUAACCGAAUGUUCUCUGACUAG